UUCGCCGCCUCAGCUUUUGGUUGUGGAAUCGGUUGACGUACAUCAUCGCCAUCUACUGGACAAUCGAUGUACUGGUACAGCAAAACGGCUUUGUUUUAAUACAAAUUUGAGUUCAAAUGUGAUUUAUUGAAAGUGGGUGCGAUGUAAGAACCUUUAAGAUGCCUCACCUACUACCUGCUCCCGUUUUAGAGCUUGCCGCACUCAGAACCACCAAGCUUCUCCUCUGAGGUUGUUUCCUGGCACACAUUCCGAACCACGUGUCAACUUAAUCCAUUUCCCCUCACUGGGGAUUGUUGUUUGCGGUCGAAGGCUUCUCUCUUGUUUAGCUGAGAGAGGGACUCCCAACAAACAGCAUCCAAACAGUCGAAUCUUCUCAGAAGGCUGGCAGGACAGUGAGCGUGGGUUGCGCUGCAAAGGUUCUUCUUUAAGGAGGGGGGGGGGGCAGAGGAAAAUGAACCGCUACACUAUGCUUAAACAGCUGGGGGAUGGCACCUAUGGGAGUGUCAUCCUGGGCAAGAGCAAUGAGACUGGCGAGCUGGUUGCCAUCAAGAGGAUGAAAAGGAAGUUUUAUUCUUGGGAAGAGUGCAUGAAUCUGAGGGAGUUGAAGUCGCUGAAGAAACUAAACCACCCCAAUGUAAUAAAACUGAAAGAGGUGAUAAGGGAAAACGACCAUCUCUUCUUUGUCUUCGAGUACAUGAGAAAAAACCUGUACCAGCUCAUGAAUGAGAGGAACUAUGCAAUGUUCUCCGAACACGAUAUCAGGAAGAUGAUGUUUCAAAUGUUGUCCGGCUUAGCUUUUAUGCACAAACACGGGUAUUUCCACCGUGACAUGAAACCGGAGAACUUGCUGUGCAUUGGUCCGGAAUUGGUUAAGAUAGCAGAUUUUGGGCUCGCCAGAGAAAUCCGCUCUCAACCGCCAUACACUGAUUACGUGUCCACCAGAUGGUACCGAGCUCCCGAAAUCCUGCUCAAGUUCACCUCGUACAGCUCACCCAUCGACAUCUGGGCGGUGGGCUGCAUCAUGGCGGAGCUGUACACACUGCGCCCCUUGUUUCCUGGCAACAGCGAGGUGGAUGAGAUCUUCAAGAUCUGUCAAGUGCUGGGAACCUUGAAGAAGGCGGAUUGGCCCGAGGGCCAUAAUUUAGCCAGCUCGAUGAACUUCCGCUUUCCGAAAUGCGUCCCCACCUGCCUCAGCUCUCUGAUUCCCAAUGCCAGCGAUGAAGCCAUCACACUGAUGAAAGACAUGCUGCAGUGGGAUCCCAAGAAAAGGCCCAAUGCCGCUCAGGCCCUGCGGUAUCCUUACUUUUACGUGGGUCAGUCGCUUGGCGUCCCCCUGAAUUACUCCAAGCAGCACAAGUUUCAGUUCCAGGAUGCCAAAGGAGUCACAGAAGAAAAAGCGAUGUGGAAGGCAAGCAAGUUGUCUCAGGAGCCCAAAAAGACCCAAGCGGAGUCGCAGAGCAGCGGCCAAGCGCUCCAGCAGCCCCUUCAGCCCAUCCAACCGUCCCCGCAGACCGCCGACACGCAACAGCAAGCUUGUCCCGACUCGCCCCCGUCGGAAGAACAGCAGGAACCUCUCAGCCUCGUUAAAAACCGCCAGCCGAUAGCCCCGACCAAGCCGGCGAGCACGGGGCCAGGGAACGGCGUGACCAGAGCGAGGGCCGGACGAAGGCGAUGGGGUCAAACGGCAAUCAAAUCAGUCGACAGCUGGGAUGCCGCCGACGAGGCGGACGUCGGAGUUUCCAUCUCCAAAAAACCCACCAUCAACUCUUUGGGGGAUGACGCCCUUGACGUCUCCGGCGCUUGUGUUCCAGUGGCAAAAACCUGGAUCCUGGGAAAACCAGCAGGCAGCAACGGGCUGGACACAAGUGACUCGGCAAUCUUGUCUGCCAAGCAACACUACCUGCGGCAGUCCCGAUAUCUACCGGAUCCGAAAAGAAGAUCUUCAACAGGGAAUCGGCCGGUCUGCAAAAGCUUGUUGGACAUCUUGGGCUUAGCUCAAAGACAAGAACUGGAGCUCCCCGUUCUUAAAGACUCCUUCAUGUCCAGGACAAAUAUUUCACCUCUUGAGAAGUCCGAAGCCAAAGACACCAAGCAGAUGAGUCCACUGGCGCAGAUUGGGGGCCCCUCCGCUGUUGAUCUGUCAACCCCUGCUGAUCUCCGGAUGGACUCCAAAGUCAAACUGUCCAAGAGCACCAUCUUCUCCACCAAAGACAACCAACUCGACCACGAUGACUUCCGCGCUCCUCCAAUCCCUUGUCCCUGUCCCAGCGCCAGCUUCUCCGGAACCAACACCUUCUCCAGAAACGCAAACAUCCCGCCGGUUCACGGCCGGGUGGACUGGACCGCCAAAUACGGAGGCAACCGAUAAAACACCCGAGCGGCGUGAA